AUGUUAGUUUCACAAGUGCUUGCUGGUCGGCGGAUAAUGAUGGGUGUAAGUGGAACAAUUUCAGAUUGAGUACAGUACACUGUAAUUGCAGGCUUCUCAUUCUACACCAAUAACUGUGAAGACCAUUAAAGACGACGAAGGUGAAGUUGAGGAGAUUCACGACGAGCUCGAGCAUGAACGGGCUAUCGGGGACCGAUUCGUUGCCGAUGAAGUUGGAGAUGUCAGAAUCAUCCACGCGCGCGAAGUGAAUCGGAAACAGAUGAACUUUGCGGCUGUGAUUGGGGAAGUUCGUAAGGACGCAUUGUUUCGCCAGUAUAAGGUACCAAGAUUUUCAUGCUGACUGAUAUAAUCUUCUUUAAUAGACGUAUGCCGAGCAGGCAAGGACUACACUGCUCGAACUGACAAAACCGACCAGCGAAAUAAAGCAAGAAAGUGAUAGAUUGUGA